UCGGAGUCUGAGUCAGAUUCGAAAGUGACGAGUGUACCAUCUCUGACGGCAUGGUUGGCCAAGUUUCCACGUCCAUUUUCAGGUUCCCAGUGUGUGCCCCUCAGUUUACUUUCUAGAGUCUACAAGUCUCGUGUUUUUGUUCGAAUGGGACUUGAAAUGUCUCAUUUCCCGUAUACAGUAUUCCUCUUCUAAUUCUAUUAACCCAAGUUCAGGUCAAAGGGAGAACGAAAACACACUCAAAUCAGCAAAGACUCCGAAAAACUUCCCCGUGAUUCUUGCAAGACAUUGACUUCGAAGCCUUCGCGUCGCAGCUUUCGAUUAAAGACAAAGGCAUCCGCCUCUGACAUCCAGAUAGUCAGCAUGCCUGCGUCGCUGAUGUCACAGGAGAAGAAAACAGCAGCGUUAGCAACACUCCAAGGACUAAGAGCCAUUGAGCCAGGACGCCUUCGCGACCGAAUCCAGGAAAUUAGCGAAAGACUAUCAAAAAUAGAAGAAACACUGACGGACUUGGCCAAGAAGAAUGAUCGAAAAGCAGAGAAGGAACUGCAAGUAGAACAGGUCAAGUUAGCUAAAGAAUUGUAUGAAAAGGAACGAGAACAACAGGAAAUAGGGCGUAAUGAAGACUCGUAUUUAGGCGUCAAUGCACUAAACAAGGCUUAUGAAGAUGCCAAGUGGCAGAGGCAACGGCUUGUAGUUGAAGACGUUGACCAUUCAUGGGACUAUGAUGCAAGAUGUUCUGCCACAGAGACAGAACGAAAGGCCGCACGUAUUAUCUACAAGAUUCGCGAAUUCGAACGUGUAGUUGAGAACGAUCCUGCGCAAGUCGGAUCGGCAGCUGAUGUCACAGCACCCUUCGGUAACAACCCGACAGAGGAACUUCCAUCCGCAUAUACUCGAGAUAUGGGCGGUCAGUUUUUGACAAACAAGACUCGGAUCGAUCAAAUGAGUAAACUAUAUGAUAUUGCGAAAGAGAUGCCCAAAGGGGCACUAUUGCAUCUACACCUCAAUGCUGAAAUUCUCCCAGCUGAGCUGAUCAGGAGAGCUGAUCAGCUCGCAGACAACUCGAUGUUCAUAGCCAGCAAAACCCCACUCUUGAUCAGAAAAGAUUUUGACAAUGCAGAAAUACAAGUUGCCGUCCACCCCGACAAUCGAGACCUGAGCUACAGAGGCGACAUAUUCAGUGAUCGCCAUCCUGGCUUCGCUGCUACGAAGCCUGAGAAUCCGGACAAAUCUGACUACAAGGGCUGGAUGAUGUGGUCGGACUUCAGAGAAGCAUACCAAAAGCUUGCCCCAGAAGUCGGCAUCACCAUUAGUCAUGUAGAUUGGGUUAAGGAAAGAAUGGUACUGAGCGAAGCAGAAGUCUAUGAUAGAACACAGACAGUCAAUGGCAUUUGGGCUCGUUUCAAUCAAGGCACUCGCGCUUUCAAGGGAUUUUUGAAUUAUGAAACGGCCUUCAAGUGGUAUAUCGGCGCCGCAAUCGAUGAAAUGGUCAAAGACAGAAUCAUGUAUGCCGAACUUCGUCCCAUGUGGCUCGAUAAAGUAAUUCCCAGUGACAAACAGCACGGUCAUGAUGGGAAGUCACUCAAACUUGACCACAAGGACCAGAUCAAGAUUAUCAUUGAGGAAGCGCGCAAGAAGAUAGACGAAUUCCCCUAUGGCAUCAAAAUCAUCUAUUGCACACCGCGCUCUAUUCCUAAGUCCAUGAUGUGGAAGGAGGUAGACAAUUGUCUCCAGCUCAAGGCCGAGUAUCCUGACUUAAUAUGUGGAUUUGACCUUGUCGGAGCUGAAGACAGGGUCUUUCAUGUAGGCCGAUACAUUGAGCACCUCGCUUACAUGCAAGAGGCUUGUAGGAAGAUGGGACCAGAUUUCUCUAUACCAUUCAUGUUUCACGCUGGCGAAACUCUAAUGGAUCGUGGAGGGUCGUUCGACCCUAGCAACUCCAACUUAUACGAUGCUGUAAGCUUUCGAUCCAAGCGAAUAGGUCACGGAUUUGCCUUGCCACGACAUACACCACGCUUUAUAGAGCGAUUCAAACAGGCCGACAUAUGUAUAGAGCUGUGCCCCAUAUCAAAUGAACUGUUGCAUCUUUGUCGAAAUGCCAAGGAGCAUCCUUUUCCUCAGCUAUUACAAGCAGGUAUUCCUUGCACACUAAACAGCGACAACCCGUCCCUUUUCAGUAAUUCACUUUCGUACGAGUUUUACCAGGUUAUGGUCGGCUGGACACGAAUGAAUCUACAUGGCUGGAAGCAGCUUGCACUAUGGAGCUUGAAAUACAGUUGCUUGAACGAAUCACAAAAGCAAGAUGCGGUCAGGAAGUUCGAUGUGAAGUGGCAGGGUUUCUGCGAUAUGAUUGUCAAGAAAUACGAGAACAAUUGGGACCAAACGAAGCUCCCGUCCAAGUAUAUCAGCCACAACAGCACAAAGUUGAUUGAACAACUAAGAAUCGACGAAAACAUCCCCUACGAGCUUCAGCCUGCGAGCUACGUUUCGAAAUCCAUAGGCUAGAUCUCUUCAGCAUCAUCAGCGACUCGGUAUACCACCUCUUUAGGUUGAUCAUGCAUGCUCAGAGUAUAUGGCUAGGAUAGUGCAGGCAUCUUGGGACUCCAGUGUCUGGUUCUGCCCACGGAACGUACACUCUUGUAUUGUACUGUCUGUAAGGCAUACCCUACCACUUGCUAGAUUUGUUGAUAACGAGAUGGUAGCGCAUAGCGAAGACGGC